GAUUUGGGUGGUAUUAUGAAAAGUGCGGUUGGAAAGGGCUGGCGCAACGCUGCGUCGUUAGUGGCGCUGAGUCCGCGCGUGUCGGUGGCACGCGAUCCGUGUAACUACGAGGUCUUGUUGCAGACUCGACCGCAAGGAGGUUCGUUUCGCAACAGCGUGGUGUUCCCCGGCGGAGUGAGCGAGCCCGCGGAUGCGAGCGCCGGCUGGCUGCGCCUCCUCACCUCGUUCGGCUACUCGCAGUCCGACUUCGAAGCUCUCCACCAUCCUGGCUCUCACAUCACCCCUAUACUACAAGACAAUCCUGUGCUCAGACACAUUGCCCUGCGAAUCACUGCGAUUCGGGAGACAUUUGAGGAGCUAGGGCUUCUCAUCUGCAGCCGAGCUCGUAAGGCAGACAGGGACAGUGUGAGGGCCGACCAUCUCUCCGACUUUGAUGUCCAACUCUGGCAGAGUCGAGUGAGCAAAGACCCUGAAGAACUAUUCACCCUCUGCAAGGAGCUGAAGUGUUACCCAGACAUCUGGUCCUUGUACUACUGGAGCAACUGGUUGUCCCCUACCCAGCUGCCAAAGAGAUUCGAUACAGCGUUCUUCUUAGCUGCUCUGAAGAGUAAACCCGUUAUAAAGGGGAGUAGAGAAGUUGUGAAGGUUGAGUGGCAGACCCCAUCAGAAGUCCUGACACGGAGCAGUGAGCUGGUCUUGUACCCGCCACAAACGUACGAGCUGUCCCGCCUCGCCGCUUGCGCCGACGCAGCGUCGCUGGCCGCCGCCGCCAGACAGCGCAGCGGCGUGGUGGACCCGCUUUACUAUCAUGCCACUGUGCGGGCCACCGACGGAAAGCUCUAUGUUUAUGCAGGUGACGAGCUCUACCCAUCAAGUAUAGACUACAAUAAGCCUACAGUUAUAGAAUCAGACAAAUCAGUCUUAGAACUAAGAGAAACCAGCCGCACGGCGCAUCGCUACGAGUUUGUGGACAAUAAGACAAGACUCGUGUUCAAAAACUUUAACCCUAAGAACGUAGAUAUGGGCGAUCAAGUCAUUGACGUCCAUAUGACCGUUAGCUAG